UCACGUGCGUUCCCCGUUCUUUCUAGAGCUCUAGCAGCUGAAGGCUACUGCUGUGGCGCGGAUGGACCGGCGGGAUCUGCGGAUUAUAUAACACGAUCUUCCACAGACCUUUCUGAAUUCGCCCCGCUAGCGAGCCGCAACCAUGCCGGCGUAUUUCCAGAGACCGGAGAACGCUCUGAAACGAGCUAACGAGUUUCUUGAGGUUGGCAAGAAGCAGCCUGCUUUGGACGUGCUUUACGAUGUCAUCAAGAGCAAGAAACACCGAACAUGGCAGAAGAUUCACGAGCCCAUUAUGCUCAAGUACCUGGAGCUCUGUGUGGACCUGCGGAAGAGCCACCUGGCCAAGGAGGGCCUGUACCAGUACAAGAACAUCUGUCAACAGGUGAACAUCAAAUCUCUGGAGGAUGUGGUUCGUGCCUACCUGAAACUGGCAGAGGAGAAGACUGAGACAGCAAAGGAGGAGUCUCAGCAGAUGGUGCUGGACAUUGAGGACUUGGAUAACAUUCAGACCCCUGAGAGUGUGCUUCUGAGUGCUGUGAGUGGAGAGGACACUCAGGACCGUACUGACCGCCUGCUGCUCACUCCUUGGGUCAAGUUCCUGUGGGAAUCUUACAGACAGUGUCUGGAUUUGCUGAGGAACAACUCUAAAGUGGAGCGACUGUACCAUGACAUCGCUCAGCAAGCUUUCAAGUUCUGCCUGCAGUACACCCGUAAGGCAGAGUUCCGCAAACUGUGUGACAAUCUGCGCAUGCAUCUGGGCCAGAUCCAGAGGCAUCACAACCAGAGCACAGCCAUUAACCUGAACAACCCUGAGAGUCAGUCCAUGCACCUGGAGACUCGUCUAGUGCAGCUGGACAGCGCCAUCAGCAUGGAACUGUGGCAGGAAGCUUUUAAGGCAGUAGAGGACAUCCACGGGUUGUUUGCCCUCUCAAAGAAGCCCCCCAAGCCUCAGCUCAUGGCCAACUACUAUAACAAGGUGUCCACUGUGUUCUGGAAGUCUGGUAAUGCUCUGUUCCAUGCCUGUACCCUGCACCGGCUCUACCAUCUCUCCAGGGAGAUGAGGAAGAACCUCACCCAGGAUGAGAUGCAGAGGAUGUCUACACGUGUCCUUUUGGCCACGCUGUCCAUUCCCAUAACCCCUGAGCGCACUGAUAUCGCCCGCUUGUUGGAUAUGGACGGCAUCAUUGUGGAGAAGCACCGCAGACUAGCCACUUUGCUCGGCCUUCAGUCCCCACCCACUCGCCAGAGUCUCAUCAAUGAUAUGGUGAGAUUCAACCUUCUCCAGUAUGUUGUUCCUGAAGUCAAGGAGCUGUACAGCUGGUUGGAGGUGGAGUUCCAUCCACUCAAGCUGUGUGGAAGAGUCACCAAUACACUCAACUGGGUGAGGGAUCAGGGCGAGAAAGAGACUGACCUGCAGCAGUAUGUUCCUCACCUACAGAACAACACUAUUCUCCGACUGCUUCAACAGGUGGCUCAGAUAUACCAGAGCAUUGAUUUCAGCAGACUGGCCUCUCUCGUGCCGUUUGUGGAUGCCUUCCAGCUGGAGCGUUCCAUCGUAGAUGCUGCUCGCCACUGCGACCUACAGGUGCGCAUUGACCAUUCGUCCCGAACACUCAGUUUUGGCUCAGACCUGAACUACUCCACUAAAGAAGAUUCACCUGUGGGACCGUUCCUGCAGAACAUGCCCUCUGAACAGAUUCGUAACCAACUCACUGCCAUGUCUUCCUCGCUGGCUAAGGCUAUCCAGGUCAUCAAACCUGCUUCUAUUCUGCAAGAGCGGGAGGAGCAGAGCCAGCUGGCCAUCGCCGCCUACCUGAAGAACGCCCGUAAGGAGCACCAGCGCAUCCUGGCCCGCCGUCAGACCAUCGAGGAGAGAAAGGAGCGCCUGGAGAGCCUGAACAUUCAGAGAGAGAAGGAGGAGCUGGAGCAGCGCGAGGCUGAGCUCCAGAAGGUGCGUAAGGCUGAGGAGGAGCGCCUGCGGCAGGAGGCCAAGGAGAGAGAGAAGGAGCGCAUCAUGCAGGAGCACGAGCAGAUCAAGAAGAAGACAGUGCGUGAGCGGCUGGAGCAGAUCAAGAAGACAGAGCUGGGAGCCAAGGCCUUCAAAGACAUCGAUAUUGAGGAUCUGGAGGAACUGGACCCUGACUUCAUCAUGGCAAAACAGGUGGAGCAGUUGGAGAAGGAGAAGAAGGAGUUGCAGGAGCGCUUAAAGAAUCAGGAGAAGAAGAUUGACUAUUUCGAAAGAGCCAAGCGACUUGAGGAAAUUCCACUGAUUAAGAAAGCCUAUGAGGAGCAGCGCAUCAAAGACAUGGAGCUCUGGGAGCUCCAAGAGGAGGAGAGGAUCAGCAAUAUGCAAGUGGAGCGCGAAAAGGCUCUGGAACACAAGAAGAGGAUGUCCAGGAUGAUGGAGGACAAGGAGAACUUUGUGUCUAAAAUUACAGCUGCGCGAAGCUUCAUUUAUGAGGAAAAACUCAAGCAGUUCGAGGAGCGCUUGGUUGAGGAGAGGAAAAAGCGCCUGGAGGACAGGAAAAAACAGCGCAAAGAGGAGCGAAGAAACGCCUUCUACAGCCAGAAAGAGGAGGAGGAACAGAGGAUCCGAGAAGAACAGCUGAAGAAAGAGCGCGAGGAGCGUGAGCGCCUGGAGCAGGAACAGAGGGAGGAAGAGGAGCGCGAGUAUCAGGAGCGCCUGCGCAAACUGGAGGAGCAGGAGAGGAAGCAGCGAGCCAGGCAGCAGGAAAUCGAGGAGCGUGAACGCCGCAAAGAGGAGGAGAGGAGGGUGCCGGAGGAGAAGGGCAGCAAAGACUGGGGUGAGAAAGAAGAAAGCAGCAGUGGUGGCGGCGGUGGCGGUGGCGGCGGCGGUGGUGGCGGCGGAGGAUGGAGGAGGCGUACAGAAGGCGGCGGGGGCGGCGGCGGGGGCGGCGGCGAGUCAGAGUGGCGACGCCCUGUUGGUGAAGGGAAGGACUGGCGUGGCGAAGGCCGUGAAGAGCCAGAGCACGAGGAGCGUGAUACACCCUUCAGGAGAGGAGGCGACGGACCCCGCCGCGGAGGUUCUGACGACAAAGGCCCCCGUCGUGGUUUUGAAGAUGAUCGAGGUCCGAGGCGUGGUGGUGAUGAAGAUCGCGGACCACGUCGAGCCUUUGAUGAUGACCGUGGGCCCAGGCGAGGCUUCGAUGAUGACCGUGGGCCCAGGCGAGGCUUCGAUGAUGAUCGUGGACCCAGGCGAGGGUUUGAUGACGACCGUGGUCCGAGAAGAGGCAUGGAUGAUGACCGUGGACCCAGGAGAGGCUUUGAUGACGACCGGGGCCCGAGGCGUGGUAUGGAUGAUGACCGUGGGCCUAGACGUGGCUUUGACGACGAUCGUGGUCCUCGCCGUGGCAUGGACGAACCCAGAACCCCAAGACGUGGUGCUGAUGAUGACUGGGGCCCCAGAAGAGGAGGGGAUGAUGACCGAGGGGGCCGUAGGGGCAUGGAUGACUCUGGUCCACGCCGUGGUGAAGACGCCAGACCAUGGAAACCUUCAGGUAGACCAGUAGGUGGAUGGAGAGAGCGGGAGAAGGCCCGUGAAGAGAGCUGGGGUCCUCCCCGUGAAUCUGGAGGUCAGGAUGAGGAUGGCGAUCAAGAUGGAGAUGAGCGCGGUGAGGGGCAUUUCAGAGACCGUCGUCCACCCAGGGAUGAAGGAGUCUGGAGGAGGGGAGGCACAGAGGAGACCAACAGCUGGCGUGACUCUUCUCGACGCGAGGACUUCGACAGAGAAGAUCGCCGCGACCGUCGUGACGUGAGAGACCGGAGAGACGACCGUGACCGAGAUCGUGAUCGUGAACACAGGCCUCCCCCAAGAGACAAUGAAGAAGGAGGGUCUUGGCGCCGUGCAGGAGAAGAACGGCGUGAAGAACGUAAGGAGGACCGAGAUACUCCUCCAAAACCCCGGGAACGUGAGCAUGAGCGUGAUGGUGAAAAGAGUACCUGGCGCACCGACAAGGAAAAAGACAACCCGCGCCGCACCAAGAACGAGACCGAUGACGAUGGUUGGACCACGGUCCGCCGCUAGCGGCUCCACUUAUCUUCUAACGGCCUCCACAGCCUUGACCUAUUCUGUAACCUCUUUGGUAUUGUGACGAUAUCUUCUCUGCCGUACAUUUAACAGAUCUAUUGCAUAGUUGCAAAAUCUUUGAAUUGUCAUGCCAAACGUGGUGAGGGCCUUCUUUUGACAAACAGUUCGACCUCCAUCUUGAAGUAGAUCAUUCCCCUUUUGUUGUGCAUGCUUAGAGUAUUCAAUUGAGCUCACUCAGAUACAGUUAGUGUGAUCAGUGAAUCAGGGAGGUUGUCCUGAAGGUGAGCAAAUUCUAUAAAAAUGGAACAGAUUAAAUAAUAAAUAAAAUAAACUUCAGAUGUGUUGUGGUGGCUUCGGAUGUGGAAGUCUGCAUAUUAUUUUAUCACAGUCCAGUCCUCACGCUGGUUGCUGCUUCUCUCAUGGUUGUGUGCUUUUUAGAAAUAUGAAAACUUUAUUAAUAAAGUCAUUUGCUCUACAAA